GAGCGCCACCUCGCGUCCCGCCGCCCGUCGGAAGCCGCUUCCGCUUCCGGGGGCGCAGAGCGGCGGCCGUCGGCAAUGGCGAACCACCUGCGCUUCCUGGGCCGCACCGUCAUGGUCCAGAACGGCAACGUGGAGGCGGCCUACGGCGCGCUCAACCGGAUCCUCUCGCAGGACGGGCUGGUGGAGGUGGUGCGGCGGCGGCGGUACUACGAGAAGCCAUGCCGCCGGCGGCAGCGCCUGGCCUACGAGGCGUGCCGGCGGGUCUACAACGCCGAGAUGGCGCGGAAGAUCGCCUUCCUGGCGCGGGGCAACCGCCAGGACCCCUGGCUGGGCUGCUAGGGCGGGCGAGGCGCGCCCCCUCCUCAAUAAAGGCCCUGCCCUUAACCCUGUUUUAA